UCACUGGCCCAUGUCUGGACUGGAGCAGGUGAUGGACAGUAUUGUGAUCCUGGACAAUGAUGAGGCAGAGAAGGAACAAGUUCAACCUUGCUCCUCCUCCUCCUCCUCCUCUUGCCUUCUGUCUGUCAACUCGGGGAUCCCAGAGGCCUCACUGCCUGCUCCCACCCACAUUACUCAGUCUCCCUUCGCUUCUGCUCAGAAGGAGUGUCACGUCCUCCUGCUGGAGAACCAGAAGCUCUUCAAGGAGUUUGUGGACCACUGCAGCGCUCACACAAAGGAACACCCAGAGGUCAUAACCUAUCUGCAAAGCAAGCAUGCCAAGGCCUCUCCGACAUUCCUGUCAUCGGUAGAGCUGCGCAACACGUUGGGCCGCUGCCUGACGCAGGCCCAGGCCUACAGCUCCAAGACCUUCGUCUACAUCAAUGAGCUGUGCACUGUGCUCAAGCAGCACGCUGUUAAAAAGAGAAUAUCUGCUACUACUGUGGCAUCGAGUGCAGGGGAAGGCCUAGGAAUGGAGUCUAAUGCAGAGAAUCCUUCAACCUCUAUUCAAGAGGAACAUAAAAAGCCUACAAAGGCUUCCAGGAGACAGAUUGCCUACCUGGAGAACUUGCUAAAGGUGUACUAUGAGGAAAUCCGCCGGCUGCAGGAGAAGGAGAUAAGCCUGGAUGACAUGAUGGAGGAGGACUCUAGCUACAUCCAGGAGCACAGGUUGAAGCGUAAGAUGAUGAAGAUCUACAACAAGCUGUGUGAGCUGAAGGACUGCAGCACUCUGACGGGAAGAGUGAUUGAGCAGAAGGUGCAUUACAGUGGGACCCGCUACCCCGAGAUCAACAGGAAGAUCGAACGCUUUAUAAACAGCCCCGAGUCCCAGCAGAACCCACCUGACUACACAGACAUCCUCCAGGUGGUGCAGCGGGCCAAUGAGCGGUACAGCCUCUGUCUCAGCCGCAAGCAGGUGGCUGAAAUCGCCCAGGACGUCUUCCGCGAGACAGGAAACCGGUUGCAGGAGAGAAGACACCUCGACAUGAUCUACAACUUCGGCUCGUACCUCACUGAUGCCUACAAGCCUGCUGCUGACCCUGCACUCUCAGACUCGGCCUUAUCUCGCAAGCUGCGGUCCAACAGGGAUAUAGCCAUUGCCAAUCUUAAUAGUGUCAUCACCAAAUAUGCCUUGAAACAAGAGGAUGGCGAAGAAAACGAAAGGAGAAAGCGAGUAGCAAAGGGGAAGGUGAAAGAGGAGAAUGCAAAGGAGAGGGAAGAGGAUGCUACAGCACCGGAGAAUCAGCCAAGGACUGAGGAAACGGAAGGGUGUGAGAGUGAACGGGAUGAGCCAGAGAGCGAAGGCGAUGGACAAGAUGGGAGCGAAGAUGAUGACGAGGAAGACGAGGACGUGUCCUCAGAUCCUGACAUCGAGGAAGAGCUGGAGGCCAGCAGGUCGCAGGAGGGAGCAGAUGAUGAGAUAGAAGAGGAGGAGGAGGAAGAAGAGGAGGAGGACGUGGCAAACGAGAGUGACAAAGAGCACCACUGGGGGACUGGCCAGUCCUCAAGCCCAGAUGUGGAGGUGAUAGGUGUGAAUGGUGAAGAGGAUAGUCAGUCAGCAAGUAGCUGUCAAGGAGACGUCACUGAGGGAUGCUACUCUAGCAUCAUAAGGGACUUAAAUGCUGAUCCCACUCAUCCGGGGAGGCCCAGCCAGUCAGAAAUCAGAAGACUGGAGCGGCGACCUCUCAAAGGUGUUAGUAGAGUCACUGCCUCUCAGUCUUGUCUGCCUUCCUCCUGUCAGGGGGCCGAAAGCCCGGUUCGUUUCCCUUCAGCGACGAAUGCGGUUUCUGUGCCAGCGUCGCCUGUGUUGGAUUCUUCCAGUCAAGGUCUGCAGUCCCCGCUACAUGACUCAAUGUCGGCCAAUGGCAGUCCUCUACCACCCAGCCCUGUGGAUAUUCAGACUACACCCAACUGCAGAAAGAAGAAGCGACCGAGCGAAUCCAGCACAGAGGUGGCGUUCAACGGCAGCCACAAACAUGAGUACUGCAUGAGUGACGAUGACAUCCCUCUGGACAUGGGCGUAUACAGCGGCAGCAGCCCCUUGCAGGCAGACUCCACCCACCUGGACAGCCCUACUCAGGAGCUGGUCAGCAGCUCACGGUGCACUCCACCGCCCAAGAAGAACAAGGUCGACGUGGCGACACAGUGCGACCCUGAUGAGGUGAUCAUCCUUUCUGAUUCUGAUUGACCUUUGACCCCCCCGAAGCAAACAUGCUUUUACGAACUCGGGACAAACGGGGACAAAACCCUCCAAAGUAUCCAGCAUUACAGAAGGAGCCCAGUGUGGCUGGCUGUGUCUGGGUGUCUUUCAUUGUGUAGCACACUCGCACUCAGACACACACACAUUUUUACACAUCUGCCAACGGGAUGUCAGAACAGAGGCAGGUGCUGAGGAGGAUCACAGAGGCCAUUCUUACCGCUGGUUCCUCCAACAUGGUCUCCUGUUGUCGCAGGAUGGGCUCUAGAGGUUGUUGGAGGCCCAUCACUCUUAACCCCUUUGAGGACAUACAGGGUUUUUUACUGCUCAGACCAAACAGGCUUCUGCUCUGACUAUUCAAUUGAAUCGGCAUCCCGAAACAACCAUGCUCUCUGUGUGUGCCAAGGUGCGUAUCCCCAGUUCCUGUAGCAUUUGGUCUAAGCUGUACAAGAGUAGUGUCUUUUUUUCCCCCCUUCACCUCUCAUUUUUAAUUUCACCGUCGCAUCAAAUGAGAAAUAAUCUGGACUUUUUAGCGAGCGCAUGUCAGAACGCAGCAGGGUUCAACAUCGGAGCAGCGCAUCAGCCUCCCUUCUCAAUGGACAGGAAGGCGAGGGGGGAGAAGCACAAGCAGGUCAAGGAGCAGGAGGAUGUGUCUCCAGAAGUGUUUCUAGCAGCUUUCAGUGUCUGAUGACUGGAUCUCAGGAUAUCUUGGGUGUGUUCAGGUGCAAAGAGGAUGAGGAAAACUUUGUAACAGUGUACUGUACCCUCUCCACUCGAUGAGGGGUUUCUUUAAUAUGUUACUGGGAAAAGUAAUAAAUGUGUUUUGUUAUUUUGCUUGUUUAUUGACUGGAAUAUGUGCGCUUCUCAUUGAAGCGACUUUGCUGGAACACUAUUCGUGCCCCCAACCUUGCUCCAAAUUGGGCUUCACUUUUUGUAGCUUUGAUUACAGAUGUGUUGUGAACUCCUGGAUGUGCAGAUGCGUUUUACCUCAACUGCAGAAUAAUGUUAAAAUGAAAUGUACUCCGUAAUGAUGGUAAGAGCACCAUGAAAUAUGCUGUUAUUUUGCAGUCACUGUUCAAUAUUGCUGUUAAUUUUGUGUUUUUAAUUUUUCUUGUUUAUAACCUGUUUUUGUUACUGUUGAAUAGUAUUAGAUGGCAGUUAGUGUGAGAUCUGUGUUGAUGAUCCUGAAGUAAGAAAUUUAAGAAUUGGCCAUUGCUGGGGAAAAAGUAAUACAAAUCUAGAGAAAAUUUCAACAAAUGCAGAGAAUAUGUGUGAGGUACAAAGAGAGAUUUACAGAAAUGGAGGAGAAGGCUUCAGUCACUGUGGUCAAAGGUCCAAGAGCAGGUGCCACAGAGGGACCGUAUUAACUGUAAAAGUGGAAAAAGAAGUUAAAACUCAACAGUGAGAAGCAAUCAGACUGUUUUUUUGACAGGAGGAAACAAUAUAGGACACAAGAGCCAUCAGUUGGCUACAAGACAAAGCGACAGGAUGAGCUGAGAUCAUGACAGCAACACAGGAUCAAGGCUACAAAGUUAAGGACGUUAUCGUUUGUGGCCUCAGAGGGAACCUGCUCUGUUACCUUUGAGCAAGACACCUGGAUUCUUCUUGCAUCCAUAAAAGAACUUGUAUGAAAAAAAGUGUUAAAUAUUAAUAGGAAACAAUGGGAUGGUGAAGGAGCAAUGAAUAGGAUGUCGAUCCGAAAUUACAGGCAGAACAGAGAGCUAGGUUUGAUUUUAGUUUCGUUUCCUUCAGUGAGGUAAGUGAUGUCAGCCUUUAAGGCCCUACCCUCCCCCACUGGAACACAAGAGAACUGCAGUAGCUGUGAUGCGGUUUGUUUUUUUUCAGGUAGAUUCCAAUGUAAAGUACUGUAUUCUAGUAUAAACAGAGCUGCUCAUCAGUCACCCUGGGCACCGACAGCAUCGUCUCUGCUGACAGUCAGCAGGGACUCGACCAUCUGCCGCACCAGGUGGGGACACCUGGACAUGCGCCAUGUGCUCCUGGAAGCUCUUGUCAGAUGCAGUCAGUGAGCUAACCAAGGCUUUAGGAGGCAAAUGGAAAAAAGGGGUAGAUUGAAGACUGAAUUUUCCCCGAAACAGUGGUUCCUUGGGAAUACAAAAAUCCUGUUUAUUUUUAAUUUGUAAUUUAUACACUACCAAGGAUAUUUCAGUCCUAUCACAUCAAAGUUUCUGGGCCUGAAAAUCAUAGCAAUUCUGCCCUUUUUAGCCAUAAUUUCCACAGCUGGUUUUUCUGCCGCUCCUCCAUCAACCUGCAGAGGGCGACAUUGGCUCAGUUUUGAGCCUUUGACCAACAGCUCAGCCUCCUGAAUGG